AUGUCAGCCUCCGCAAUAGUCGCGGUUCGUAAAGUCGCUCCUCAAGAAUGCGCAUCUGAAUGGGACCAAAGCAGUACGACAGCUCUGAUACACAUGUAUCGGGAGCGCAAGUGCCUAUGGGACAGCAGCCACGAGUUUUACAAGAAUCGCCGAUUUCGUCGGGAGGCCCUCGCUGAGAUGGCGAGUCGCUUUAAUUGCUGCCUCGCUGAUGUCGAGAAGAAGUUGUACAUGUUACGCAGCUCCUUCCGCAAAGAAUAUCGCAGGUGGAACAGCGCGAAGCUGAACGCCGGGCCGAAUGGCGCGGAUCUAGUACGAAAACCACAAUGGUUUGCCUUGGACUUGCUCAUGUUCCUCAAAGACGACAUCGUCAGCAAAUCGCCGACUCCUACGAAUUCGGCUCGAGGGAGUGACGAUGGCUCGCCACAGCAAUUAGACGACAGCGGCCCGCUCCAAAAAGAUAUUCAGAGUAUCUUUUACUACGACAGCGAGAACAGCACGCUGACGCCCCUCGAUGUCGGCGAGGUCUCUCUUGAACAUAACUCGCAGUCGCAGGAUAAUAGAAGAACGGUUAGCGAGGAAUCGUCCAAGAGGAAUCCUGGAGAAAGUUUCUCGGAGUUCAGCAGCAAACGUCAGAAAACGAAUAGUGUGACAAACGAUAACGGAAUGUCGCGGACAAUGAAGAUAUCAACGAGCACGUUAGUAACGGAAAAGGACUCCUCCGUGGCUUUCGGGAACUUCGUCGCAGAGGAGCUAAGAAACAUCAAAGACCAUGAACAGAUGCAACUGGCCAAGUUGCGAAUUCAUCAGAUUCUCUUCGAUGGUGCACGCGGCUUACUUAAGAUGCCGAUUCCCAGACUGAUCAAGCACGAUGAUGUUGAUCCUCGUGGUUUCUUGAUUAAAUGAUCGAGAGAUUAUUUCUAGAUAAUUUCUAAAUGAUAUAUUUAAAAGAUAUCUUUUAGAAGUUUCUGUUACCUCUGGCUUAUUGAUCCUGUGAUUUACGAGCUGCUAUAUCAAGACUGUUCUUGACAAUGUGAUUCACUUUUCUUCGUAUAUUCAUCAAUAUACAUGAGGAAAUAAUUGAUUUUGGCUAUUUGAAUCUCUGUGAGAUAUAUGAGACGACAUAAAAAUCGUUCGUCGUAUUAACCACGUUAAUACGUUAGUCAUUAUGCUGGAUUUAUAUGUGAGUACUAGAAUUAAAUUCUCAGUCUGUUAUGUUAAUGAUACUAUGUUGUUUUCUUGAUAUUCUAAAUACUUAAUAUUUCUCUCAGUCAUUUUCUAUCAGGAAAGUAAAACUUAUAAAUAAAUAAGUAACACGUUACUCAAAUAUGGAUAACCUGGCAAUCAAUGUGUUAUUACGAAAGAAAGAUAAAACAUUGUAGAAAUAAGGCUCUUUCGAUAUAACACAAUUUAAACAAAAAUAUUUGAUAUCGAUUGAUGUGUAUUGAAAUUUAUUUACGCAACUAAAGAACGACGGAAGAGAAUCGAAUGUUAAUAUUUAAAUAAUUUAAUGUAAAAAUUGUUUAGAAAUAAGUAAUUAAAGAAACAUCAAUUUCCGUUCGUUCUCUUGCUGCGAAUUAUUGCUGUUCGUCGACGCGCAGAGAGAAGGCAAGCAGGAACUUCAGGUUUCCUCAUGAGUGAGACGAUUGCCAAAAGUUUGACGUAAGUCACGGUAUUGAGGUUGCUAUUUCGAGGAUAGCGGUGGUGUAUGGAUCAUUGUUG